AUGGACACUGAGCCAAUGAGGUGCGCAUGCUGCGACUUCAAAGAGGAGUGCACCCAGGAGUACAUAAAGAGCGUCAAGGCCAACUUUGGAGGGGAAUGGCUCUGCGGCUUAUGCUCGGAGGCCGUAGGGGAUGAACUCAGUAGAGAGGGAAGGGGCCAGGAUGGCGUCAAAGAGGCUAUCAAGGCGCAUAUGGCAUUCUGCAGGAUGGCUCUGUCAAGCCCAGCUGUACGAGUCGCCGAUGGCAUGAGGGAGAUGCUCAGAAGGAGCUCAAGAGAUAAGGGGAGGCCUUCAACAUCAGCAAAGUCAUGCUCUCUCUAA